GUUCUUCUUAGCCGAGUUGCACCUGCAGUCGUUAAACUGUACUAGAUGAUGUUCGUUUCUCUUCUGAUCCGUGUUUCUUUACAGCUUUUGAUGUUCGUACUGUAAAUCGAGCCUUGCUGGAAAUUCUUUGGUCGACCCGUUCUUGGUCCCGGGUUUUCUUGUCCAGCCGUCCAGUGUUCCUGUUCUACAGUGUACUAUCCUGCCUAUCGUUUAACGACUCGCUAGCGCGUGGUCUACUCACUACAAAGGAUUCAGAGCGUGGUUGAGUUCUUGCGUCUCCAAUCGAGUCAAGAUCGUUGCCCUGUUUCGCACGAACAGGCUAAUCUAUCGACGGCCCUGCUUCCGCUCACUUUGACCCCCGCUUAUGACUUUUCUAAUCUCUGUUCAACUUUGUUUGAGGUGGAGCCAAUUAAUAAUUUGCCACCACUAAAAAAUGAUUUCGUUUUCAAUCUCUACCCGGUCAUAGACUAGUAUAUACUCUCGUAUGUCAUUUGACUUGCUGCUGAAACAGUGUCCAUGUGUUGUCUUCUCGAUGUUGCUGAAACAGCGAGGACCUGAACGACUGUGGAGCAAGGCAGCGAGUAUGAGCAGCAUGGAGUCGCGGCCGGGGGGAACGAACCUGGUGGAGGCCAGAGGGCAGGGCACCGCGAUGCCUUCCGGCGGCACGGCGAUGCAGCCGUGGUGGACGGGCUCCGGGGCCGGGCUCGGAGCGGUGUCCCCUGCCGUUGUGGCGCUGGGGAGCGGGGCAGGGGUUAGCCUGUCGAGCAGCCCGGCAGGUGGUGGCGGUCGGGCGACCAAAGGUGCUGCGAGCAGCAAGGCGAGUGACGAGAGCAGCGAGGAUUCACGGAGAUCUGGGGAACCAAAAGAUGGAAGCGUUGGUCAUGAAAAGAAUCAUGCUACAUCACCGAUGCCUGCUUUGGUGUCAGAGUAUUUGGCACCAUAUACACAGCUGGAACUGAACCAAUCGAUUGCUUCUGCAACAUAUCAGUACCCAGAUCCUUGCUAUGCAGGCAUGGUUGCUCCGUAUGGAACUCAACCUGCGACUCAUUUCCAGCUACCUGGAUUAACUCACUCUCGCAUGCCAUUACCUCUUGAAAUAUCCGAGGAGCCUGUUUAUGUAAAUGCGAAGCAGUACCAUGGAAUUUUAAGACGAAGGCAAUCACGUGCCAAGGCGGAACUUGAGAAAAAGGUGGUCAAAGCCAGGAAGCCCUAUCUUCAUGAGUCUCGUCAUCAACACGCAAUGAGGAGGGCAAGAGGAAAUGGGGGACGCUUCCUAAACACAAAGAAAACUGACAGUGGUACUCCCAAUGGUAAAGCUGAACUGAAGAUAGGAGAGCAAAACUCCAAGCAUAUCCAUGUCCCUCCUGACUUACAGCUACGACAGAAGAAGGCAUGAAGUAGCGGUCCUGCAUGCUAAAACAGUGGCAUCUGUCCACAGGCAUACGCACUUGAGAUCAAAUCCUUGCUCCAGCGUUGCACUGCCAUCUUUUCAUCUUCUUUGGGGAAAGCGGUCCAGUGUUCGUUCACCUGAAUGAGCUUGGUACCUGUUGUUGGUCCUGGCAGAAUGCAAUCUGGGCACAAGAGUCCAUCCAAGUGUUCAAGGCCAUGGGUAGGUCGGCUGUUUUCAGGCAAUUCAUUCUUGGCUUUCACAUUCCGCCCUUGUUUGUACCUGGUGUGUUGGAAGUGAACUAGAUUGUGUUCUGACUUCAGCAUCCUGUGCUGCAUGUAUAAUUAAAAUUAGCUUUGGAUAAUGUUUGUAAUGCUUGAACUGUGACAAAGUCGUAGCUGAACUGGAUCUACAGCGAAAGCAACUCAUGUCGAGUCCUGUGCAAAAGCAGAAGAUUGUUUCACUAUUUU